AUGUUAACGUUUGCACUGACCUUUUUCUUUCGUAUGACACUCUUCGAACCCAGCUCUUUGGUUCAAGGGGCUCGUCUUUGCUGUUCGAUCCUGAACAUGGCAGCCCUCUUCCAGAGCACGGACUUUUUCCACCUGAUUUUGUCCGACGGCUACAAGGUGAUUUCCGAUGAAGCAACUCUUGCGUCCAACGCAGCAAACCAAUCGAUGCCCAGCAGUUGCAACUUGGCAUCCCGAAGUGAAAUCUCUUGCGCAGACGUGGUCAGGGAGUCUCCACAGGCGCGCCAAAGCACCUGGUCACAGACUUGCCCCGGGGUCAAUCACCCGAUGGGUGCAUCCCGCAACGGCGAGUUCUUUGCAAAGAGCUGUGCCAACGAAUGUGGCUAUCAAAAGGUUCCUUUGUCCCAGCUGGAUAACAUGGCCGAUGAAAUGCACGUUGUCAGGAAGCACGCGGACUGCUUCAUGGGUCUGAUCGAGAAGGUGCCUUGGGCACAUCGGCGCCAUGUUUUCCCGCAAUUCCUUGCUUGGGCUUGA